CCAAACAGACUCUGCACGCCCCUGCGCUCCGAUUUGAUGCUCUCUGAGAUUCUGAAAAUACACGAGGGAGAAAGACUAGUCCCAAGGCAUUAAUACAAUAUUUAAUAAACUACAUGUCCACUCUAAGCGUCCGUCUUGCUGUACCUAUUGACCAUCGAUAGUUGUGUGCUCAAGUUUACCGAGAUCCAAAGUUGUCAGGCAGCGUUCAUUGAACGCAUGCGCAUUGCAUCCACUAUCCAGCUCAAAAUAAGAGUUAAAACAGAAACGAGUGCAGGAGGAGGAGAGCAGGGAGAGAUGACUGACACCCCGCCCAGCGAUGGCCCUUCCCAGGGGGCAGAGUUUGACAUGAUGGGCGCUCUGGACUGGCAGGACGGCAUCGCCACACUGCCCGGCAGCGACAUCAAGUUCCGUAUGACAGAGUUUGGAACUUUGGAGAUCGUGACAGAGCCAGAGGUCAAAGACGCAGGGCCAACCCCCCAGAACCCCGCCCAGUUGAAAAGCCCCACCCCUCCACCAGAGGCCCAAUCAGAGAGCAGCGCAGCCUCUUCUGCAGUCAAGGAAGUCCAGCCACUUGCACCUAAGGCUCAAGGCCCUGUGCGUCUGUCUUUAGAGGAGGGUACCACUGUGGAGGAGCCCAGUGUGGAGGCGGGCCCCAGCGUCGAGGCGGGCCCCAGGGCGGAGGCGGCGGGCCCCAUGGCGGAGGCGGGCCCCAGGGCGGAGGCGGCGGGCCCCAGUGUCGAGGCGGGCCCCAGGGCGGAGGCGGGCCCCAGGGCGGAGGCGGCGGGCCCCAGUGUCGAGGCGGGCCCCAGGGCGGCG